AUGGCUGGUUACAGAGGUGCUGCUGGCAGAAACGUUUCAUCGUUAAAUUUGGUUCCUAGAUUCUCCCCAUACCGGCAGGAUGAGCAAGAGUCAGUGCAGAAGAGGACUUUCACAAAAUGGAUCAAUACUCAUCUAGCUAAGCGCAAUCCUCCCAUGUUGGUCAAUGAUCUGUUUGAAGAUAUCAAAGACGGGGUAAUGCUGAUAGCCCUUUUGGAAGUCCUCUCAGGACAGAAACUGCCAUGUGAGCAGGGACGUCAACUGAAGAGAAUUCACUGGGUUGCCAACAUUGGUACAGCUCUUAAGUUCCUAGAAGGAAGGCGGUCCGUAUACAGAGGAUCUCCGAUUAAGCUUGUCAACAUUAACUCAACUGAUAUUGCUGAUGGUAGGCCUUCUAUAGUUCUUGGCUUGGUGUGGACCAUAAUUCUAUAUUUUCAGAUCGAAGAGCUGACCAGCAACCUUCCACAGCUGCAGUCAUUGUCUAGCAGCGCUUCUUCUAUGGAGAGCGUUGUCAGCUCAGAAACUGCGAGUCCUCCAAGCAAACGGAAGGUGGUAACCAAGGUCCAGGGAAGUGCCAAGAAGGCUUUGUUGAAAUGGAUACAGUACACAGCAGCCAAGCAAGUUGGAAUAGAAAUCAAAGAUUUUGGACAAAGUUGGAGGAGUGGUGUUGCAUUUCAUUCCAUUAUUUAUGCUAUCCGUCCAGAUUUAGUGGACAUGGAGAAAGUGAAAGGAAGAUCAAAUAGGGAAAACCUGGAAGAAGCCUUCACGCUUGCAGAAGCAGAACUAGGAAUCCCAAAGCUUCUUGAUCCAGAAGAUGUGGAUGUUGACAAGCCAGAUGAGAAGUCUAUCAUGACCUAUGUAGCCCAGUUUCUGAAGUACUAUCCUGAUCUUCAUCAUACAGUGACUGAUGCACAAGAGAAUGAUAAGGAAGAUAGGCUGGUGCUGAGAGACCUGAAAGUGUGGGCAGAGCAGUUCGAGAGAGACUUAGCCCGCGCACAAGCGACGGAAGCGAGCUUACAGGAGAAAUACCAGUCAUUUAAACAUUUCAGAGUACAGUAUGAAUUAAAAAGGAAACAGAUUGAACUUGCGACUCAGUCAUUGCGGAAAGAUGGUAAAUUAUCACUUGAUCAAGCUAUAGUGAAGCAAGCUUGGGACAGAGUUUCAUCCAGGCUACUUGAUUGGCACAUACACCUUGAUAAAUCUCUUCCAGCACCUUUGGGAACCAUAGGUACUUGGCUUUAUAGAGUAGAGACUGCUCUGAGGGACGAAAUAACUAUCCAGCAAGCUCACGAGGAGACAGCAAAUAUAAUCCAUCGGAAACUUGAACAACUUAAGGAUCUGCUGAAAAACGUAGAUGGUCACAAAAAGACAUUCCAUGAGAUCCACCGGGCCAGGUCUGUUAACGGAGUGCCAGUUCCACCUGACCAAUUAGAGGACAUGGCAGAGAGGUUUAAUUUUGUUGCUUCUUCAUCUGAUCUCCAUCUGUUGAAAAUGGAGUUUCUGGAACUGAAAUACCGUCUACUGUCACUCUUGGUCCUUGCCGAAUCAAAACUAAAAUCAUGGAUUAUCAAAUAUGGAAGACGAGAGUCAGUAGAACUACUUCUUCAAAAUUAUGUUUCUGUUAUUGAAAAUAGUAAAUUCUUUGAGCAAUAUGAAGUUACGUAUCAAAUCUUGAAGAAAGCAGCUGAAAUGUAUGCCAAAGCAAAUGGCUCAGUGGAAGAAGUUGAAAAUGUGAUGAAAUUCAUGAAUGAAACAUCAGUGCAAUGGAGGAACCUCUCGGUAGAGGUGAGAAGCGUAAGAAGCAUGUUGGAAGAGGUCAUUGCAAAUUGGGACAGAUACAGCAGCACUGUUGCAGGUUUGCAGGCCUGGCUGGAGGAUGCUGAAAAAAUGCUGAAUCAGCCUGAACAAUCAAAAAAGGAUUUCUUUCGGCAUUUACCUCACUGGAUCCAACAGCAUACAGCUAUGAACGAUGCUGGUAAUUUCCUCAUUGAAACGUGUGAUGAGACCAUUUCAAGAGACCUUAAGCAGCAACUUCUGUUACUAAACGGAAGAUGGAGAGAAUUGUUUAUGGAAGUUAAGCAAUAUGCUCGGGCAGAUGAACUGGACAAAAUGAGGAAGGAAUACCUGGAUGGUGUUGCCAAUUUGACAGCUUUUGUUGAAGAAAGCAAUAGAAAAUGUUCAGUGCCUGUAGAAGUGUCCUUUAUAGAUGUUAAGGUGUUUGUACAAGAUUUAGAAAACAUUAAACAGAAAUUGCCUGUGAUGGAAGCUCAGUACAAAAUGGUUACAAGGACAGCACAGCUUGUUACAAAGGAAGUUUCCCAAGAAGAAGUAAAUGAAAUGCUUGCAACUUUGACAAGGAUCAAAGAGCAGCUGAGCAAGCUUAAGGAGUAUUGUGGUGCCCUGCUGUAUGAAUGCCAGCAUCUGCUGCCUCCUCUGGAAGAACAGGAGAAACAAAUCACACAGUUUUAUGAAUCUCUUGAAAAAGUGAAUGAGAUAAUUUCUAUCCUGGAUCCUGAAACACAACCUACAGCUGUUCUUAAACAAAAAGCCCAAGAUUUGGUAGCUUUUCAAGAAAACUGCAAGAAAGCUUUGUCCUUGAUUGAGAGAAAUAGUCAGAGUGUUCUGCAGUGUGUGGCUUCAAGUGAAGUAUUGCGGCAUUUUCAUCAACUGACAUUUCAGAAGAAAGUUACACAAGUUCAGAUUACUUUUCAGAAUAUGGUCAGGAAAGCUGGUGACUGGAGAAAAAAUAUAGAAGCAAAUAGCCGUUUGAUGAAGAAAUUUGAGGAAUCCAGAGCAGAACUGGAAAAAGUAAUGCAGAUUGCCCACUGUUGCUUAAGAGAAAAAGGAAAUCCUGAAGAACUUCUCAGGAAACACAGUGAUUUCUUUAACCAGUUGGACCAGAGAGUCCUAAAUGCCUUCCUGAAAGCUUGUGAUGAACUCACUGACAUCCUUCCUGAGCAAGAGCAACACAGUCUGCAGGAAGCUGUGAGGAAACUCCACAGGCAGUGGAAGGAUCUGCAGACAGAAGCCCCGUAUCAUUUGAUCCAUUUGAAAAUAGAAGUGCAGAAAAGCAAACUCCUGGUCACAGUUGAGGAGUGUAAAGCAGAACUAGCUCGACAGAACAAGGUGUUAUCCAGGGAAGGCAAUGAAAAGAUGAUCGAGGAGCACAAGUUAUUCUUCGGUGACAAGGGAUCCUACCACCUGUGUGAGAAGAGGCUACAGCGAAUAGAAGAGUUGUGUCAAAAACUGCCAGUUUCUGAUCCAGCGAGGGCCACGUUGGAAAGCAGCCAAAGAAUUCUGAAGGAGCUUAAAUCUCAGAUUGAUAGCACAUAUGUGAAGUUAACGGAGUGCUCUGAGAAGUGGAAGGGCUAUAAAAACAGAUUUUCUGAAUUGGCUAAUUGGAUUUUGUCAGCAGAAAGAGAGAUAAAGAAGAUAAAGCAAAGUGUCAAUGAUACUACGAGAUACAAGCAACUUAAAGCAGCUGUGGCGGAAAUUAGGCAACAUAUUAACAAGCAAGGAGAAAAUCUCAGCUGGCUGAAAUCUAGACUUGCUGUUCUGACUGCAGUAUGCCCUGAUUUGGAGGCCAAAAACACAGAUGAUGAGCUUUGUAAGCUUUCCAGUGACUUCAAGGGACUCCUAGAUUCACUGGCGGAGAUUGAAAAGAUGUUAAGCACUGUUGGAGACUGUGUCCAAUACAAAGAAGAAGUUAAGAGUGCUAUCGAAGAGUUAAUCACCAACUCUAAAGAAGCCCAAGCAGAGGCUGAAAAGAUCUUGGAUACAGAAAGCUUAUUACAAGCUCAGCAACUACUACUUCAUCAUCAGCAAAGGGCAAAGAGAAUCCGUGCAAAGAGGGAAGAUGUGCAACAGCAGAUUUCGCAAGCUAAACAAUUGCAGAUUGAAGGUGGACUGCCGAGCACGAUGCAGGAAGAUUUACAAAAGUUGGAAGGAACAUUGGAGAACAUGGAGCAGACAAUGGAGAAACGAGAAGAACAGUUACAGGUCACAAUAAAUAAAUGGGAACAGUUUGAAAGGGACAAAGAAACAGUAGUAAAGUAUCUUAAUCAAGCGAGCUCUGCACUUGAACGUAUCUUAAACUUUAGCAGUUUAGAAAGCCUCACCACCGAACUGGAUCAGACAAAGGAGCUGUCUAAACAGACUGAAGCCAUGGCAAUGCAGGCUGAGAAUUUGGUGAAGAAUUCUUCUGAGAUACAGCUUGGUUCAAGGAACAAGAAGUCCCUCCAGCGACAGGCAAAAAUAAUCCAAGAACAAGUGAAAAAAGUGGAAGUUAGUCUUGAAGAAGAUAUUAAAAGCAUGGAAAUGGUGAAAAACAAGUGGGAUCUUUUUGGCAAUAAUUUUGAAGCUCUGUCCAUCUGGAUAGCUGAAAAAGAAAAAGAACUGGAAACUUUGGGAAUAUCAUCAUCUCCUUUGGACGUACAGAUCAGCCAAAUCAAGGUUAUUAAUAAAGAAAUAGAUGACAAAAUAAAUGGAAUUCCCAAACUAGAAGAGGAAGCCCAGUCUUUAUCACAAUUUGUUACCUCUGGAGAAUGUGCACAUAUUAAAGCCAAACUGACUCAGGUCAAAAGGUAUUGGGAAGAACUAAAAGAUCAUGCACAGAGAUUGGAAGGAACAAUCACAGGGAAUGCAUCAGCACAGCAGAAAUAUGAAGAAAGUCUCAAACAGGUACAGCAAGCAGUAUCUGAGUUUGAAGCUAAGCUGGCCGAGCCCCUUACAUCAUGUUCCUCUUCAGUGGCAACAUACGGGAUCCUUCAGGAUCAUAUGGAUCUUUGUCAUAAUGUGGAGAAACUGAGCAAUGCUCUGGGCUCUGUCUCAGCCUGUGCCCGAAAGGUCUCCAACAAAGAAAAAGCUGGUGAGGAGGUGACACAGUUACAACAGAAAUAUGAAAAAGUGUUAGAAAAUGCUAAAGAGAAACAGGCUGUAUUAGAGACUCUUCUCACACAGUGGCAGAAGCAGGAGAAAGAGCUCUCUGCCUUCCUGAGCUGGUUAGAGGGAUGUGAAGCUGCAGCCAGACCUUCAGACCAAUAUGUUUCUGCUGACAGAGUUAAACUAGAAGGUGAACUGCAGUCAGUACAGGAUUUACAAGCUGAAGUUGAGUCCCAUGCUUCAGUCUAUGCAAACCUACUACAGUUAAAUGAGUCACUGUUUCCAACAGCUUCCAAACAGUGUGCAAAAGUGGUUAAAGAAAAAUUUGAAGAGCUAGAUGAGAGGUGGAAAACUUUACCACAAACUGUUGAUAAAAGGAUCAGUUUCCUUCGGUCUCUUGUCGCUGAACAUGAGCAGUUUGAUGAGCUACUCCUCAGUUUUUCAGACUGGAUUAAGCAGUUCCUCGCCAAACUACAAGCCACUUCAGAAAUUAACACAGCCAAUCAACAACUAGCUGUAUCUCAUAAUAAGGACCACUUAAAGGAAAUUGAAAGUAAAAACCAGCAGCUACAAAGUCUGAAAGAACAUGUAGAAAAACUAUGCUCUUUCAGCUGCCCAGAGGACCACCAAACAUUGCAGGGUAAGGCUGAAGAUUGCUUUCAGAUCUUCCAGGAGGCAAAACAAAUAACCAGCCAGAGACAAGAGACCCUGGAACAGCUACAGGUGUUCCUGGAGCUCCACGAUGCUACAUCAAGUGUGCUCCACCGGCUGAGGCAGACAUUAGAGAAAACAGGAAAUAUGGAUAAAGCUAAAUCUAAGUUACUGGAGAAGGAACUGAAUGAUGUUAUUCAAAAUCUUAGCAAGCUGGAGUCUGUGGCCAUCAAUUUGGAUGGUUCCCUUACUAAGGUCCAGUAUCAUCUAAAACACGGCAUUUCUGAGCAGAGGACCUCCUGCAGGGCUGUGGUUGAUAAUCUGUGUUUGGAACUGGAGACAGUUCAAAACCUGCUGGGAACCAAGCAAAGUGAGGCGGAAGCUCUGGGAGCCUUGCGGAGAUCUUUCGUGGAACGGAAGGAACAGCUACUGAAGAGCAUUGAAGAUACUGAGGAAAGAGCUGACAAGGAAGGUCUGAAGGAGGCAACACUGCAAGCACUCCAGCAAAGAUUAAGGAUCUUUAACCAACUGGAUGAGGAAUUGAAUUCUCACCAGCAUGAACUUCAGUGGCUCAUGGACAAAGCAAAGCAAAUAGCCCAAAAAGAUAUAACUCUUUCUCCGGUGAUUGACAAAGAGAUAAAUUGCUUAGAAUCUCUGUGGGAAGAUACCAAGAAAGCUAUACAUGAAAAAAAGGAUCAGUGCUGUGUUCUUAUCAAUCUGAUGAAGGAAUAUCAGACUUUGAAGUCAAUGGUAAUGAAAGUCAUAGACAGUGCCGACAGUGCUUCUGUGAUCAAAUCCGUUUGGAAGGAUCAUGAAGAUGUCAGGAGAACUUUAUCAAAGCACGAAGCUGCCAAGAAUGAUCUGAGUGAUAAACAAAAAGACCUGGAUACUUUCACCAAUAAAGGAAAACAUUUGCUAGCAGAAUUGAAAAGAGUCCGUGACUGUGACCCCACUGUGGUGAAGACAGAUAUGAACUGUACAGUGGACAAAUGGCUCGAUGUGUCUGAAAGGAUUGAAGACAACAUAGACCGGUUGAGAGCAAGCGUGUCUCUGUGGGAUGACAUACUGAAAACUGGAGAUGAACUGGAUGGAUGGUGCAAUAAAUGCAUUUCUGAACUGAAUGAAGGCAUCAGCAAAUUGAGUAAUAGUCAGAAAAUGGAGGUCAUACUCAAAGAGUUCCAGACUGAAUUCAAGGACAUGGAACUAAAGUUGGAGCUGCUUAGUUCAAAAAUUUCAGAUCUCAAAGAACUGACCCACAGUCAAGAGCCUCCUGCAGAUCUUCAGUUCAUAGAAUCAGAUUUGAGGCAAAAGUUGGAACAUGCCAAAGAAAUGUUAGAGACAGCAGAAGAGACACUGAAAGAUUUCAGUACUCAGAAGGCACAGUUACAGAAGCUUAUCAAUCAGAUGGCAGACUGGUUGACAACAGUCGAAGAGACCUUGCUCAGCUGUGCCCGUAACAUGAACCCUGAAGCUGUAAUUAAAGUGAAGGAGACGCAAAGAGACCUUCAGCUUCAACAGAACAGUAUUGACUCAACGCGGGAGAACCUCAACAGCCUGUGUCGCAAGUACCACUCUGUGGAGCUGGAGACUCUUGGUGGCAGUGUCACUUCAUUAUUAAAGAAGUAUGAAGCUGUGAAUCAGCUCUGUUCCAGGACACAAGCCAGCAUGCAGGAGUCCUUGGAAAAACACUUUCUCAGCUCUAUGCAAGAAUUCCAAGAAUGGUUUUCUGGUGUGAAGACUUCAGUAAAAGAAUCAUCUGACAGAUCUGGAGACAGCAAAGUGAUAGAGGCAAAACUGCAUGAUUUGCAGGUGGUGCUAGAUUCUGUAAGUGAGGGACAGAACAAAUUAGAAGCUGCCUGUAAGGAAGGAGAAAAUUUGUAUGCUUGUUUACCAAAAGCAGCUGUGAGCCACAUCCAGGAGCAAAUAGAAAAGUCCACCCAUAGCUUCCAGGAAUUCCUCAACCAGUGUGUGAAAGAUAAGCAAGCCCUGGAAGCGUGUGCCUCAGAUCUGGGAAGUUUUGAGAAUCAGCACAAGAAACUCAGCCUGUGGAUACAUGAAAUGGAAGAAAGAAUAAGCACAGAAGCAUUAGGAGAGCACAAACAGCUUAUUCCAGAGAAGAAAAAUGAGGUGCAGAAAGUGGAAAAGUUCCUGGAAGAGUUGCUGACUUCAAGAGAGUCUUUUGAUAAACUUUCCCAAAUGGCCCAGGCUUUAAAUGAAGGAGGGCACGGUGCAGGGAGAGAAGUGCGCCUGGCUUCUCAGCAUCUCACCAGUUACCAAAACAUGGUCAAAACUGUCAAGGAUAAACUGCGAACAUGUCAGAUUGCACUCCAGGAGCAUCUUGCUUUGGAGGAGGCACUGCAGAGCAUGUGGUCAUGGGUGAAAGAUGUUCAAGAUAAACUGGCAUCAUCAAAGAGCACUGUUGGCAGCAAAGCCAUACUAGAGAGACGACUGAUGCAAAUUCAGGAGAUCCUGUUACUCAAAGGUGAUGGAGAGGUUAAGCUGAACAUGGCCAUUGGCAAGGGAGAACAGGCACUUAGAAGCAGCAAUGAGGAGGGGCAAAAGGUGAUACAAACCCAGCUGCAAACACUGAAGGAUGUUUGGAAUGACAUAAUCAACACCUCAGUGAACUGGCAGAGCUGUCUGGAGUUGGUGAUUAGCCAGUGGAAUGAAUAUCUGGAAAGGAAGAACCAGCUGGAGCAGUGGCUAGAGAAACUGAAUCACAAAGCAGAACAUCCUGUAGAACCACAGAUCAGUCUGAAAGAGAAGUUUGCUCAACUGGACCACUUCCAAGCUGUUGUUUCUGAGAUAGAGGAUCACUCUGGUGAUUUGCAUCAGCUCAUAGAAAAAGCUAUGGAACUCUAUGGAAAAACCGAGGAUGAUUCAUUUGGAGAAGCAGCUCAAGAAGAACUAAAAACACACUUUAACGACAUCACAACUGUGGCCAAGGAGAAAAUGAGGAAAGUGGAAGACAUUGUGAAGGAUCAUUUGCUGUACCUUGAUGCUGUGCAUGAAUUCACAGACUGGCUCCAUUCUGCGAAAGAAGAGCUGCACCGCUGGUCAGAUGCAUCUGGAGAUACAUCUGCCAUACAGAGAAAAAUGACCAAAAUCAAUGAGCUGCUAGAUUCCCGCCCGGUCGGCGCGGGCCGCCUCAGCCGAGUGGAAACGCUGGCUCCCGCGGCCGAGCGCGGCACGGCUGCCGGCGGCCGCCAGCUCCUGGCGGCGGAGAUGCAGGCCCUGCAGUCGGACUGGAAGCAGUGGGAAGAGAGCGCCUUCCAAACGCGCCGCAGCCUGGAGGAGGUGCUCGGCCAGAGGGCCCUCUCCGAGCGGGAGUUCGCCGCCCAGGUCGCCCAGCUGGAAAAGGCCCUGGAGCAGUUCGGCGCGCUGCUGGCCUCCUGGUCGCAGCGCCUGGCUCCCCUGGAUGGCCGGCACACGGACGCCGAGCUCGUGGAGUGCUGGCACCGGGAAAAAGAAACCUUGGAUGCUUUAGCAAAGUCUGAGCAUAUGACAGAUGAAAUCAAGACUCAAUUGAAUGACCUUUGCAGAUUUUCCAGAGAUCUGAGUGAUCAUUCUUCAAAAGUUUCAGGGUUGAUUAAGGAGUAUAACAGCCUCUGCCUGCAAGCUUCAAAAGGAUGUCAGAGUAAAGAGCAGAUCCUGCAGCAAAGAUUUCGGACGGCCUUCAGGGACUUCCAGCAGUGGCUGGUCAACGCAAAAAUCACCACAGCCAAGUGCUUUGAUGUGCCUCAGAGCAUCACUGAAGCUUCAGCGAGUCUGCAGAAAAUACAGGAAUUCUUAUCAGAAAGUGAGAAUGGGCAACAUAAGCUAAACCUGGUAGUAUCCAAAGGAGAACUGCUAUGCUCUAUUUUACCAAAAGAAAAAGCUCAAGUUAUCCGUGAUAAAGCUGCUACUGCUAAGGAAGACUGGAAAAAACUUAUCACCAGCCUUCACCAGAAGGAAUCUGCAUUGGAGAACUUAAAGAUCCAGAUGAAGGAUUUUGAAGUAAGUGCUGAGCCUCUGCAGGAGUGGCUGAGCAUGACUGAGAAGAUGGUACAAGGAAGCAGUAGUCGACUCCAUGAUCUUCCUUCCAAGAGGAGAGAACAGCAAAAGCUACAGUCUGUCCUUGAGGAAAUAAGCUGCCACGAGCAUCAGCUCAACAGGCUAAAAGAGAAAGCUCAGCAACUGUGGGAGGAGCAAGCUGUCAGCAAAAGCUUUAUGCGCAGAGUGUCUCAGCUGUCUUCUCAAUACCUUACCCUAAGCAAUCUGACAAAGGAGAAGGUUUCCAGGAUGGACAGGGUCGUUGCAGAGCACCAGCAGUUCUCUCACAGUGUCAAGGACCUCCAGGACUGGGUGGAUGAUGCCGUUCACAUGCUUGAGUCCUACUGUCAUCCCACUGCAGACAAGAGCGUGCUGGACAGCCGGAUGCUAAAGCUGGAGGGACUCCUAGCAGUGAAGCAGGAAAAAGAAAUCCAGAUGAAAAUGGUUCUGACAAGAGGAGAAUCUGUUCUGCAAAACACUUCUCUGGAGGGAGUGCCAGUGAUUGAACAGCAGUUGCAGACCCUGAAGGAUAGCUGGGCCUCUCUUCUGUCUGCUUGUAUCCAGUGCAAGAGUCAGCUGGAAGGAGCUCUCUCCAAAUGGACAAGUUACCAGGAUGAUGUUCGCCAGUUUUCCAGCUGGAUGGAUAGAGUAGAAGCAAGCAUGAAUGCUUCUGAAAGGCAAUAUGCAGAACUGAGGGAAAAAGCAGCUGCCCUCAGCAAAGCAAAGCUACUCAGUGAAGAAGUGUUGAGUCACAGCAGCCUGUUAGGGACUAUUGAAAUGAAAGGCAAUGGAAUGACAGAACAUUAUGUAACCCAGCUCGAACUCCAGGACCUUCAGGAGCGAUACAAGUUCCUCAAAGACAAAACAAGGGAAGCCGUAACUAAAGCUGAAGGACUACUUAACUUACAUCAGGAGUACCAAACAAAUUUGAAGGCCUUUGAAGUCUGGCUGGAGAAGGAGCAGGAAAAACUUGACUGCUUAUCACAUCUAGAAGGUGAUACCCAGAAACAAGAAGCAACACUCCAAGAUCUACAGGAGUUGCAGGUCCACUGUGCAGAGGGACAAGCACUACUGAAUGCCGCUGUCCAUGCCAGAGAGGAGGUGAUUCCUUGGGGCAUGCCUCAGGUAGAGGACCGAGCCCUUGAAUCCCUACGGCAGGAUUGGCAAGUUUAUCAGCACAGGCUUUCUGAAGCAAGAACACAAUUGAAUGCAACCGUGAGCAGAUUGAGGUUAAUGGAGAAAAAAUUUCAGAAAGUAAAUGACUGGCUAACAGAUCUGGAGGAGAAAGUUACUAUCAGGACUGGGAGACAGUCUGAUAGAGCAACAAAGGAGAUGCAGCUACAACAAAUGAAGAAGUGGCAUGAAGAAAUUGUAGUCUACAAAGAUGAUGUGGAGGAAGUUGGGGUACUGGCUCAGCAAAUACUAGAAGAAAAUCUCACUACAAGUAGAAUGGGAAGCCAAGCCACACAACUUACUUCUCGAUAUCAAACUCUUCUUCUUCAUAUGUUGGAACAAAUAAAGUUUCUGGAAGAAGAGAUUCGAAGUAUAGAGGAGUCAGAAUUAGCUUUUAGUGCUUACACAAAUUGGUAUGGAGCUACCAACAAGAACUUCAGAAAUGUAAUCACCAAGUUUGAUGUUGUUGAUAAAACGACAAUGGAGAAAAAAAUGCAAAAGUUAGAGCUCCUUUUGAGUGAUAUGGACAUAGGCCAUAGUUUACUGAAAUCUGCCCGAGAGAAGGGGGAGCGAGCCAUAAAGUACAUUGAAGAAAAGGAAGUUUCCCAGUUAAGGAAGGAAAUCAGUGAUUACGUUGAACAGCUUGAAGAAUUGGCUGGCUCAAUCAGGAAAGAACACAUUACCUCAGAGAAGUGCCUACAGCUGGCCAAGGAGUUCUCGGACAAAUACAAAGCACAAACUCAGUGGCUAACAGAGUACCAAGAUAUCUUACAUACUCCAGUAGAGCCAAAAAGUGAACUCUAUGAGAAGAAGGCCCAGUUGUCCAAAUACAAGUCCAUACAACAGACUAUUCUGUCCCAUGAGCCAUCAAUAAAAUCAGUGAUUGAGAAAGGAGAAGCACUUUUUGAGCUGGUGAAUGAUACAGCUCUAAAGAACAACAUUCAAGACCUUCAGAGCAGUUACCAGGAACUCUGCAGCACAACAAAGGUAUGCGUUGAAACCUUAGAGCUAAGAGUAAAAGAACAUGAGGAUUACAACAGUGACUUGCAAGAAGGGGAGAAAUGGUUGCUACACAUGUCCAGCAGGAUUGUCAGCCCUGACUUCAUGGAGAGUAAUAAUCUCGAAAUGAUUACUCAGCAACUAGCCAACCACAAGGCCGUCAUGGAAGAAAUUGCUGGAUUUGAAGAACGUUUGAACGACCUUAAGAGUAAAGGCGAUUAUUUGAUUGAUCAAUGUACAGAACAUCUUCAAGCAAAAUUUAAGCAAAAUAUACAAAGCCAUCUUCAGGGAACAAGGGACAGCUAUUCUGCUAUAUGUAGCACAGCCCAAAGAGUGUACCAGAGCUUGGAACAUGAACUGCAGAAACACGUUAACCAUCAGGAUACCCUACAACAGUGUCAGACUUGGCUGUCUACAGUGCAGUUGGAACUAAAGCCAAGUGCUUGGCCACCUUUCAGCCUGGCAGAUGCAGUUAAACAGGUGAAGCAUUUCCGAGCUCUGCAGGAGCAGGCCAAUACAUAUUUGGAUCUUUUGUGCUCCAUGUGUGAUCUGUCAGAUGCCACAGUGAAGAAUACAGCAACAGACAUCCAACAAACAAAACAAACGAUUGAGCAACAGAUAAUGCACUCACAGUAUUUGGCGCAAGGUUGGGAAGAGAUCAAGCAAAUGAAGGCUGAGCUCUGGUUAUAUUUCCAGGAUGCAGACCAGCAGCUCCAGAAUUUGAAAAGGAGACGGGCAGAACUGGAAAUUAAUAUUGCCCAGAAUAUGGUACUCCAGGUUAAGGAAUUCAGUCAGAAGUUGCAGUCCAAACAGUCAGCGCUUACUGCCGUGACUGAGAAGAUGAGCAAACUAACCCAAGGCCAGGAAUCACCCGAGCACAAGGAAAUAGCACAGUUUAGCAACCAGUGGCUGGACCUCUGCCUUCAGGCACACAGUUUGCUUAUACAGAGGGAGGAGGAUCUGCGGAGGACUGGGGAUUACCAUGAUCGCAUGAAUGUAGUAGAAGUUUUCUUGGAAAAGUUUACAAAAGAGUGGGACAACUUGGCUAGAUCUGAUGCUGAGAGCACAAAUGUGCAUCUUGAAGCUUUGCAAAACUUGGCACUGGCUCUGCAGGAGAGGAGAUUUGCUCUUGAAGAAUUGAAAGAUCAGAAACAGAAAAUGAUAGAACAUUUGAAUCUUGAUGACAGAGAAUUAGUAAAAGAGCAAUUUGGUCAUUUUGAGCAACGCUGGACUCAGUUGGAGGACCUUGUGAAGAGAAAAAUUCAGGUUUCUGUAGCAACCUUAGAAGAGCUCAGUUUGGUGCAUUCCAAAUUUCAGGAGUUAAUGGAAUGGGCAGAGGAGCAGCAACCUAGUAUCUCAGAGGCUCUUAAACAGAGCCCUCCAGCAGAUAUGGCUCAGAGUCUUCUCAUGGAUCACCUUACAGUUUGUAGUGAGCUUGAAGCCAAGCAGCUUGCUCUGAAAACUCUCGUGAAGGAUGCUGACAGGGUGAUGACCAAUUUAGGGCUCAAUGAAAGGCAGCAGCUGCAAAAAGCACUUUCUGAUGCACAGCACCAUGUAGAUUGUCUCAGCGAUCUGGUGGGCCAGAGGAGAAAGCACCUGAAUAAAGCACUGUCUGAAAAGACUCAGUUUUUCAUGUCAGUAUUUCAGGCUACAAACCAAAUUCACCAACAUGAGAAGAAGGUAACGUUUCCAGAACAUAUCUCUCUGUUGCCUGAAGAUGUGAACAAACAGAUCAGGACUUGUAAGAGUGCCCAAGCUAACCUGAAGACCUGUCAAAACGAAGUCACAGGGCUGUGGGCUCAGGGCAGGGAUUUAAUGAAAGAUGCAACUGAACAAGAAAAGAAUGAAGUGUUAGGUAAACUGCAAGAACUACAGAAUGUAUAUGACACUGUUUUACAAAAGUGUAACCAGAGAUUGUUAGAACUUGAGAAAAAUAUGGUUUCCAGGAAAUAUUUCAAAGAAGAUCUGGAUAAAGCCUGCCAUUGGCUAAAACAAGCUGAUAUUGUCACAUUCCCAGAAGUCAAUGUAAUGAAUAGUAACCGUGAACUAUACACUCAGCUUGCAAAAUAUCAACAGAUUCUUGAGCAAUCUCCAGAAUAUGAAAAUCUGCUUCUUGCACUGCAAAGAGAUGGCCAAGAAAUCCUACCAUCACUUAAUGAUGUGGAUUAUUCCUAUCUGGAGGAAAAGCUUAACAUGCUUCCUCAGCAGUUCAAUAUUGUCAUCACCCUGGCAAAAGAUAAAUUCUACAAGGUUCAGGAAGCAAUUUAUGCCCGGAAAGAAUAUGCCUCUUUGAUUGAGUUGACCACAAAAGCUCUGAGUGAACUAGAAGAUCAAUUUAUUAGCAUGGAUAAAGCUCCUGCUGCUGUUUCAGCCAAAGAAGUUGUGUCACUCCAGCAGGCUUACAGAGAUCUCUUAGGUGAACUGGUGGGCCUUGGUGCAGCGGUGGAUGAACUAAACCAGAAGAAGGAGGCCUUUCGAAGCACUGGCCAGCCGUGGCAACCAGAUGAGAUACUGAAACUUUUCACACUGUAUCACAAGCUGAAAAGGCAAAUAGAACAGAAAAUCAACCUUUUGGAGGACACAAUAGAGGCAUGCCAGGAACAUGAGAAAAUGUGUGUGCAGCUCAAGGCACAACUAGAGACAGUGCAGAAAGAACAAAGUAAGGUGAAUGAGGAAACGCUCCCAAUAGAAGAAAAGCUGAAAAUAUACCACUCUCUGGCAGGCAGCUUGCAAGACUCGGGGAUCCUUUUGAAGCGGAUAACGGAACAUCUAGAAGGCCUUUCUCCUCAGCUUGACCCAUCUGCUUGCGAGACGACCAAUCACCAGGUGCAGUCAUGGCAAGAGACACUAAAGGCAUUGCAAGCUGCCAUUGGUGACACAGUUAUGGAGUGUGAGAACAGACUUGUGCAAAGUAUAGACUUUCAGACUGAAAUCUGUCGCUCACUUGACUGGUUGAGGUGGGUGAAAGCAGAACUUAGUGGAGCAUUAAGUCUGGACCUCAAACUGCAAAAUAUCCAAGAAGAAAUCCGAAAGGUUCAGAUACAUCAGGAAGAAGUACAGUCAAGCCUGAGAAUAAUGAAUGCACUAAGCAGUAAAGAGAAAGAGAAAUAUAUGAAGGCCAAAGAGCUUAUACCUGCUGACCUGGAAAACACCCUGGCUGAGCUGACAGAACUCGAUGGUGAAGUUCAAGAGGCUAUAAACAUGAGACAGGCUACCUUGAAUAAACUAUAUAGCCUGUGCCAAAGAUACUACCAAGUGAUGCAGAUAGCAAAUGACUGGCUUGAGGAUGCUCAGGAAUUUCUACAAUUAGCAAGGAAUGGUCUUGAUGUUGAAAACUCUGAGGAGAACCUAAGAAACCACAUUGAAUUUUUCAGCACAGAAAAACAAUUCAGUAAUCACUUGAAGGAGUUACAGGGGCUGGUGUCUGAGAUAGAACCAUUUAUCCAAGCUACAGCAAGAGAGCAACUGGUGCAGGAUGUAGCUGCAUUGGAGGAAAAGGGCAAAGGGGCAAAGCAAGAAGCUGACACCCAGAAAGAACAAUUGCAAAGGUGUGCUUCUGAGUGGCAGGAGUAUCAGACAGCAAGACAGAGGGUUAUUGAAGUGAUGAAUGAGGCUGAGAAAAAAUUAUCUGAAUUCUCAGUUGCUAAAGCAGCUUCUUCUCAUGAAGCUGAAGAGAAAUUGUUAACACAUAAGACCCUGGUAUCUGUGGUGAAUUCUUUCCAUGAGAAGAUCACAGCCCUAGAAGAGAAGGCUUCACAGCUGGAAAAAGUUAGCAAUGAUGCCAGUAAGGCAACUAUAAGCAGAUCAAUGACAACAGUUUGGCAACGUUGGACACGGCUCCGAAAUGUAGCCCAAGAGCAAGAAAAAAUUUUGGAAGAUGCAGUGCAGGGAUGGAAGGGUUUUAAUGAUAAGAUUCAGAAAGGAACCAUAGCAAUAGAUGAGCUACAAGGUCGCUUACCUGAAAGUUCAGUAGAAAAGGCAUCUAAGACAGAGCUCCUGGAUCUCCUGGAUUACCACAGCAGUUUCCUUCUGGAGGUGGAACACCAGCUGUCAUCUUUGGGCCUGGUCAAGCAGCAUGCUGUGAGCUUGCUUCAAGAUGUGGAAUUGCAUCCUCCUUCUCAGGAAGAGCUACCAGUCAUGCAAGAAAUCAAAGCAAUGCAAGAUCGGUGCCACAAUCUGCAACAGAAAGUGAAAAAAGGCAUGAAGCUGGUGAAACAGGAGCUGAAGGAACGUGAGGAGGUUGAAAUUGAGAUUAAUGCUGUGAAGUCCUGGAUCCAGGAAACAAAAGAAUAUUUGCUAAAUCCUGAUGUGGAAGUGGAUACUCAACUUCAGGAAUUGCAGUCUCUCCUCGAUGCAGUAACUUUACAUCGCCAGGCUGUUGAAAAAAUGGCUGAACAACAGCAGAAUAAGUAUUUGGGUCUCUAUACCAUUCUGCCUUCUGAACUGUCUCUUCACUUAGCAGAAGUUGGGCUGGCCCUUGUAACUGUACAAGAUCAGAUUCAAAGCAAAGAGAAAGAAACUCAACAGAUCAAAAACUUAAAUCAAGAUUUUGGUCAGAAAAUCCAAGGGAUAGCUAAUGAAUUAAAUUCUAUUCUUUCUAAACUGAAAAAGAAAACUAAUGAUAUAGCACAAGCCAAACUUGAGCAAAAGAUGCUGGGUGAAGAAUUGGACAGCUGCAAUGUUAAGUUGGUGGAAUUAGAUGCAUUGGUCCAGGACUUCUCAGAGCAGAAUGUCCCUCUGGCAAAGCAGCUGAGUAACAGAAUAGGGAAACUCACUGCACUGCAGCAGCAGACCGUGCGGCAGGCUGAGUACCGGGCAGCCAAGCUCGGCCAGGCAACCUCACAUUUGGAAGAGUACAAUGAGAUGCUGGAGUUCAUACUGAAAUGGAUUGAGAAAGCAAAUAUCCUGGUGCAUGGUAAUAUAACAUGGAAUACCUCUUCUCAGCUUCGUGAUCAGUUUAAGUCCUACCAGGCUAUGCUUGAAGAGUCUGGAGAGAUUCAUGAUGAUCUUGAGGCCAUGAGCAAGAGGAUUGAGUAUCUGGCAAGUGUAUACUGUACGGAAGGAAUGUCUCAGCAAGUGUUGGAACUGGGGCGGCGCACAGAGGAGUUACAGCAAGUUAUCAAAAUGAGGCUGCCAAAUCUCCAAGAUGCUGCCAAGGAUAUGAAAAAAUUUGAAGUUGAACUGCGAGUUCUGCAGGCUGCUCUGGAGCAAGCCCAGGCCACCAUGACCUCUCCAGAGCUUGGGCGACUGAGCUUGAAAGAGCAGCUUUCUCACAGACAGCAUCUCUUGUCUGAAAUGGAAUCAUUAAAGCCGAAAGUCCACGCAGUUCAGGUCUGCCAGAGCGCCUUGAGGAUUCCUGAAGAAGUGGUCACCAGCCUGCCGAUAUGUCACAGUGCUCUCAGGCUGCAGGAGGAGGCCAGCCGGCUGCAGCACACAGCCAUCCAGCAGUGCAACAUAAUGCAGGAAGCGGUGGUGCAGUAUGAGCAGUAUGAGCAAGAGAUGAAGCAUUUACAGCAAAUGAUAGAGAGCGCCCAUCGUGAGAUCCAAGACAAGCCAAUAGCAACCAGUAACAUCCAGGAACUCCAGGACCAGAUUUCACACCAUGAGGAGCUGGCACAGAAGAUCAAAGGAUACCAGGAGCAAAUUGCCUCUUUGAACUCAAAGUGCAAGAUGCUCACGAUGAAAGCAAAGCAUGCCACGAUGCUGCUGACGGUGACCGAAGUAGAAGGGCUUUCAGAAGGGAUGGAGGAGCUGGAUUCGGAGCUCCUCCCCGCACACGCUGCUCACCCCUCAGUGGUCAUGAUGACUGCUGGUCGCUGUCACACACUGCUCUCCCCUGUCACCGAGGAGUCUGGGGAGGAGGGAACCAACAGCGAAAUUUCUUCUCCACCUGCCUGUCGCUCCCCGUCACCUGUGGCUAAUGCGGAUGCUUCCGUUAACCAGGACAUUGCUUAUUACCAAGCCUUAUCUGCUGAACAGUUGCAGACAGAAGCUGCUAAAAUUCAGCCCAGCACUUCAGCUACCCAGGAGUUCUAUGAGCCAGGCUUAGAAUCAGCUGCUAGUGCCAAGCUGGAUGACUUGCAGCGUUCCUGGGAAACACUGAAGAAUGUGAUCAGUGAAAAGCAGCGCACCCUCUAUGAGGCUCUUGAACGUCAGCAGAAAUACCAAGACACACUCCAGUCUAUAUCCACAAAAAUGGAGAGCAUUGAGAUGAAACUAAAUGAGAGUCUGGAGCCAGGCAAGAGCCCGGAGAGCCAGAUGGCUGAACAUCAGGCGUUGAUGGAUGAAAUGAUAAUGCUACAAGAAGAAAUUGGUGAACUUCAAGAAACAUUAGCAAAUGAGCUAAUUUUAGAGUCAUUGGAUGCAGAAGUCGCUGAUCAGCUGGCACUGCAGUCCACUCUCACAGUCUUAGCAGAGCGGAUGGCCACGAUUCGAAUGAAAGCACAUGGAAAACGACAGCUAUUAGAGGAGAAACUGAAUGAGCAGCUGGAAGAGCAGCGACAAGAGCAGGCCCUUCAAAGAUACCGCUCAGAAGCUGAUGAGCUUGAUCACUGGCUGCUCAAUACCAGAGCUACACUGGACACAUCCUUGGUUACUGCUGAGGAACCUAUGGACAUGGAAGCUCAGCUAGUAGACUGUCAGAACAUGCUGGUUGAAAUAGAGCAGAAGGUUGUGGCCUUGUCUGAGCUGUCUGUGCACAACGAGAACUUGCUUAUGGAGGGUAAAGCUCACACCAAGGAUGAGGCAGAGCAGCUGGCAGCGAAGCUCAGGACUCUGAAGGGCAGCCUUCUGGAGCUGCAGAGAGUGCUCCACGACAAACAGAUCAACAUUCAAGGAUUUUUACAAGAGAAAGAGGAGAGUGCUCUGGACUUGGUUUCCUCACAAACUCCCACUGUCCAAGAAUGGCUGGCACAGGCGAGAACAACUCGCUCACAGCAGCAGCAGAGCAGUCUGCAGCAGCAAAAAGAGCUGGAACAAGAGUUAGAAGAGCAGAAAAAUCUGCUUCGAUCCGUAGCAAGCCGUGGAGAAGAAAUCCUAACACAGCAAGGUGUUCCAGAAGGCCUGCAUCUAAGUGAGAAGCCUGAUACCCUCUCUGAGGAAUUAGGCUUGGAAGGUGAGAAGCCAUCAGCUGAAGAACAGAUGAAGAUGAAAUGGGAAAGCCUGAAUCAGGAAUUCAAUACUAAGCAGAGACUUCUCCAGAAAGCUUUGGAACAAGAACAGCUGGUACUUUAUAACAGACCAAGCAGACUGAUAUCUGGAGUAGCUUUGCAUAAAGAAGAAGGACAGGAUCAAGGAUCAUUAGUUUCCCCAGUACUGGUUGAAUUGAAUCAGGCCUUUGAAGAUGUGUCGUCUGAGGCUGGACGUGCAGAGAAGGAGAGUCUGCAUCUAGAACAGAAGUUGUAUGAUGGCGUCUCAGCUACCUCUUUGUGGUUAGAUGGUGUAGAGGAAAACAUGUUUGUUGCUACAGCUUUGCUGCCAGAGGAAACCGAAACAUACCUCUACAAGCAAGAAUUUCUUGCCAAAGAAAUCAAAGAGAUAACCGAAGAAAUGGAUAAGAACAAGAAUUUAUUUAGUAAGACAUUUCCUGAGAAUGGUGAUAAUAGAGAUGUUAUAGAAGACACUUUGGAUUGUCUUCUCAGAAGACUGGCCUUACUGGAAUCAGUAGUAGACCAGAGAUGCCGUCAGAUGAAAGAAAGGCUCCAGCAAAUAGUUACUUUCAAGAGUGAUCUGAAACUCCUGUUUACAUCACUGAGUGAUAACAAAUACUUAAUUCUACAGAAACUGGCAGAGACAGUUGAGAGACCAGAAACAGAACAAGUUCAGGUGAUACUGCAAGCAGAGGAAGGCUUGAAGGAACUAGAUGCUGGAAUAAACGAAUUAAAGAAGCGUGGAGACAAGCUGCAAAUUGACCAACCUUCUGUGCAAGAGCUAUCGAAGCUCCAGGAUAUGUAUGAUGAGCUGAUGAUGAUCAUUGGAUCCAGACGGAGUGACCUGAACCAGAAUCUGGCUCUUAAGGGGCAAUAUGAGCAAGCUUUGCAGGACCUGGCUGACCUUGUAGAAACAGGCCAAGAAAAGAUGACUGGGGACCAGAAAAUAUUUGUUGCUUCUAAAGAAGAGGUCCAACUGUUACUUGACAAACAUAAGGAAUAUUUUCAGGGGCUGGAGUCUCACACAAUCCUGACAGAAACACUCUUUAGAAAGAUGAGGAGCUUUGCCUUCUUGCGAGAAACUCAGUCACAUUCAGAGCUAAUGGCACGGGCUUCAACGAUAUUAAAACAGGCCCAUAAACGAGGUGUGGAGCUGGAAUACGUUCUGGAGACCUGGAUAUCCCUGGAUGACAAUUAUCAGGAGCUUACCAGACAGCUGGAAUCUGUUGAAGGUAAUAUUCCCACUGUUGGUUUGGUGGAAGAAACCGAGGACAGGCUUACAGACCGAAUUACGCUAUUUCAGCAUCUGAAAUCUAACCUGACUGAACACCAGCCCAAAUUAUACCAGGUGCUAGAUGAUGGGAAGAGGCUUCUUUUUUCUGUUAGCUGCUCAGAUCUUGAAAGUCAACUGAACCAACUAGGCGAGCGCUGGCUAAAUAACACCAAUAAGGUGACUAAGGAGCUUCACAGACUGGAAACAAUACUGAAACACUGGACAAGGUAUCAGAGUAAAUCAACUGAACUGACACAUUGGUUACAAUCUGCAAGGGAACGGCUCAAGUUCUGGAGCCAGCAGUCAGUGACAGUCCCUCACAACUUGGAAACAGUCCAAGACCACCUGAAUUCCUUCCUGGAGUUUUCAAAAGAAGUGGAUGCUAAAUCAUCACAGAUAUCUUCUGUACUGAGUACUGGGAACCAGCUACUAAGGCUGAAGACAGUAGAUACAGCAGCACUGCAUGCAGGGUUGUCCCAGAUUGACAGUGAGUGGACAGAGUUGCUCGUACAAAUCCCAGCAGUACAAGAGAAACUGCAUCAGCUCCAGAUGGACAAACUUCCGUCACGCCAUGCAAUCACUGAAAUUAUGAGCUGGAUUUCUCUGAUGGAAAACGUUAUUCAGCAGGAUGAAGAGAAUAUAGAAAAUUUAGUAGGGCAGAAAGUCAUUCAGGAUUAUGUUCAGAAGUACAAGGGCUUUAAGAUAGAUUUAAAUUGCAAACAACUCACAGUAGACUUUGUGAACCAAUCGGUGCUACAGAUUAGCAGCCAGGAUGUUGAAAGCAAACGUAGCGACAAAACUGAUUUUGCAGAACAGCUUGGAGCAAUGAACCGACGUUGGCAGAUUCUGCAAGGCCUGAUAACAGGAAAGAUCCAGCUGUUGGAAAGUCUGCAGGAAUCCUGGACACAGUAUGAAAAUAGUGUGCAGUGCCUAAAAAACUGGCUUAAAACCCAAGAGGAGAGGCUGAAAAAACAACAGAAAAUUGGAGACCAGGCUUCAGUGCAGAAUGCUUUAAAAGACUGUCAAGAAUUGGAAGGAUCUAUUAAAGAAAAGGAAAAAGAAGUAGAACGUGUGGAACAGAUUGGUCUUUCUUUGAUAAAAGGAAAGAAGGAAGAAGUCUCUUCUGCUGUAAUGAAAACACUGCAAGAAAUUAACCACUCAUGGGCCAGUUUGGAUCACAUGGUUAACCUGCUGAAGAUACAGUUACAAUCUGUUCUUGAUCAGUGGAGCAUUUACAAAGCGGCAUAUGAAGAACUGAAUAGUUACCUGAUGGAAGCCCGAUACUCUUUGUCUCGUUUUCAUCUUCUUACUGGUUCUUUGGAAGCUGUGAAAGUCCAAGUUGAUAACCUGCAGAAUCUACAAGAUGAAUUGGAAAAACAAGAACAUAGCUUACAGAAAUUUGGCUCGGUGACCAAUCAAUUGUUGAAAGAAUGUCACCCACCAGUGACUGAAACACUUACUAAUACUUUGAAUGAAGUGAAUAUGAGGUGGAACAACCUUCUGCAAGAGAUUGCAGAGCAGCUACGUGCCAUUAAGGGUCUCCUUCAGCUUUGGCAGAGAUACAAGGACUAUUAUAACCAGUGUUCUUCAACAGUGCAGAAGCGUGAAGAGCAGGCCAGUGAACUCUUGAAGUCUGCCACCAGCAAAGACUUUGCCGAUGAUCAAGUUACCGUUUGGAUUCAGGAUUGCAAUGAUCUACUUAAAGAUUUGAAGACAGCUCAGGAGUCACUAGUUGUCCUUCAAGAACUGGGAGAGGAGCUAAAAAGUCAAGUGGAAGCUUCAGCAGCAGCAGCUAUACAGUCUGAUCAACUCUCUCUAAAGCAAAAUCUGUCAGCCCUAGAACAGACUCUACUCAAACAACAGGCUGUGCUUCAGGCUGGAGUACUGGACUAUCAAACCUUUGCCAAGAAUUUGCAAGUGCUUGAGGCUUGGAUAAUGGAUGCAGAAGAAGUACUGAAAGGACAGGAUCCGAGUCACUCAUCUGAUCUCUCAGCAAUUAAGAGUCGGAUGGAGGAACUCAAAAGUCAGAUGUUGAAGUUCAGCAGCAUGGCACCAGAUCUGGACCGCCUUAAUGAGCUAGGCUACAGACUUCCACUGAAUGACAAAGAAAUCAAAAGAAUGCAGAAUCUGAACAGACAUUGGUCUGUGAUCUCAUCUCAGACUACAGAGAGAUUCAGUAAGCUUCAGUCUUUCUUGCUGCAGCAGCAGACCUUCUUGGAGAAGUGUGAGACUUGGAUGGACUUAUUACUACAGACUGAGCAAAAGCUGGCUGCAGAGAUUUCUGGAAACUACCAGAGCCUUUUAGAGCAACAGAGGGCACACGAGCUAUUCCAGGCAGAGAUGUUCAGCCGCCAGCAAAUUUUGCAUUCAAUUAUCUCUGAUGGGCAGCACCUUCUAGAACAAGGACAGGUGGAUGACAGGGAUGAGUUUUAUCUGAAGCUGACCCUUCUCAGUAACCAAUGGCAGGGAGUAAUUCGCCGGGCACAGCAGAGAAGGGGAAUCAUUGACAGCCAGAUCCACCAGUGGCAGCGCUAUAGGGAAAUGGCAGAAAAGCUGCGCAAGUGGCUGGUGGAAAUGUCCUGCCAGCCGGUGAGCAGGCUGGGCAAUGCUCCUAUCCCACUGCAGCAAGCCAGAGCUUUACUGGAUGAAGUGCUGCUUAAAGAGAAGGUUCUCCUAAGGCAGCAAGGGAGCUAUAUCCUCACCGUGGAAGCAGGGAAGCAAUUACUGCUCUGUGCCGACAGCGAAGCAGAGGCAGCCCUGCAAACAGAGCUCACCGAAAUUCAGGAUCGCUGGAAGACAGCUAGCAUCUCUCUUGAGGAGCAAAAGAAACAGUUUGCUUUGGUACUGAAAGACUGGGAGAAAUGUGAAAAGAACAUAGGAGAUUCCCUGGAGAAGCUAAGAUCAUUCAAGAAAAAGGUUUCUCAGCCUUUGCCAGAACAUCACGAUGAGUUGCAUACAGAACAAAUUCGUUGCAAGGAAUUGGAGAACGCUGUUGAAGGAUGGACAGAAGAUCUUGCACACCUCUCUCUGCUGAAGGAUACACUGUCUGCUUAUAUCAGCGCAGAUGACAUAUCAAUCCUCAGUGAGCGCAUAGAGCUUCUGCAGAGACAAUGGGAGGAGCUGUGCCACCAGGUCUCUUUACGUCGGCAGCAAGUAAGUGAGAGACUGAAUGAGUGGGCUGUCUUCAGUGAGAAGAACAAGGAGCUCUGUGAGUGGCUGACACAGAUGGAAAGUAAGGUUUCUCAAAAUGGUGACUUCCUCAUAGAAGAAAUGAUUGAUAAACUUAAAAAGGAUUAUCAAGAAGAAAUUGCUGUAGCAAAAGAGAAUAAAAUCCAGCUCCAGAAAAUGGGAGAACGACUUGCUAAAGCUAGUCAUGAGAGCAAAGCAUCAGAAAUUGAAUACAAACUCAGCAAGAUCAAUGACAGAUGGCAGCAUCUUCUAGAUCUCAUUGCAGCCAGGGUGAAGAAGUUGAAGGAGACCUUGGUUGCAGUACAGCAGCUGGAGAAGAACAUGAAUAGCCUGAAAUCUUGGCUAUCCCACAUUGAGUCAGAGCUGUCCAAACCUAUCGUCUAUGAAACUUGCAACUCUGAGGAGAUACAAAGGAAGCUAAAUGAACAGCAGAUCCUUCAGAAGGACAUAGAGAAGCACAGCACUGGAGUGGCGUCCGUUCUCAACCUGUGUGAAGUGCUCCUCCACGACUGCGAUGCCUGUGCCACAGAAAAAGAGUGUGACUCUAUCCAGCAGGCCACACAGAAUCUGGAUAGAAGAUGGAGGAACAUUUGUGCAAUGUCAAUGGAAAGGCGACUUAAAAUUGAAGAGACAUGGCGUCUAUGGCAAAAGUUUUUGGAUGACUACUCUAGAUUUGAAGAGUGGCUGAAAAUCUCUGAAAGGACAGCUGCCUUCCCGAGCUCCUCUGGUGUGCUUUACACGGUUGCUAAAGAAGAACUAAAGAAAUUUGAGGCUUUCCAGAGACAGGUGCAUGAAAGUCUGACUCAGCUGGAGCUGAUUAACAAACAGUAUCGCCGCUUGGCCCGCGAGAACCGCACAGACUCUGACUGCAGCCUCAAGCAGAUGGUCCAUGAAGGAAACCAGAGAUGGGACAACCUACAGAAGAGAGUUACUUCCAUCCUGCGCAGGCUAAAACAUUUUAUUGGCCAGCGUGAGGAAUUUGAGACAGCGCGUGACAGCAUCCUGGUAUGGCUAACGGAGAUGGACCUGCAGCUGACCAACAUUGAGCAUUUCUCAGAGUGUGAUGUCCAAGCAAAGAUAAAGCAACUUAAGGCUUUUCAGCAAGAAAUUUCACUGAACAACAGCAAAAUUGACCAGACCAUUGCACAGGGUGAGCAACUAAUUGAGAAAAGUGAACCCAUGGAUGCAGCUGUCAUUGAGGAAGACCUCGAUGAACUGCGUCGUUACUGUCAAGAAGUCUUUGGCCGUGUGGAACGCUAUCACAAGAAACUGAUCCACCUUCCUCUGACCGAUGACGAACAUGACCUCUCUGACAGAGAGGUGGAUCUGGAUGAAUCAGCAGAUCUCUCUGACAUACACUGGCAUGACAAGUCUGCGGACAGCAUUCUCUCCCCACGCCUUGCCUCCAACAUCUCGCUGCCCCUCGCCCAGACGGUGAGAAGCGAGCGAUCGGGGCGGGAUACCCCUGCAAGCGUGGACUCCAUUUCCCUGGAGUGGGAUCAUGACUAUGACCUCAGUCGAGACCUGGAAACGGCUGUUUCACGGGCACUACACUCUGAGGAAGAAGAAGGACAAGACAAAGACUUCUACCUUCCAGGAGCAGCUGGUGUAGCAGAUGUAGAGAUCUCUGAAACUCUUGAGGUCUAUCAGCCUCAUAGAAAACACACAGUGAUAAUACUCAAAGAAAACACACUCAGAAAUAUCUCUGGAGAACCUGGUGCCCUGGAAACACAUAUCCGACAGCUGGACAAGGCCUUAGACACCAGCCGUUUCCAAAUACAGCAAACAGAAAACAUCAUCCGCAGCAAGACACCUACAGGAUCAGAGCUGGAUUCCAGUUACAAAGGAUAUAUGAAACUAUUAGGUGAGUGCAGUGGAAGCAUAGACUCGGUAAAAAGGCUUGGAUAUAAACUAAAGGAGGAAGAAGAAAAGUUAUCUGGACUCAUUGACUUGAACAGUACUGAAACACAAACGGCUGGUGUAAUUGACCGAUGGGAAUUAAUCCAGGCCCAAGCUCUAAGCAAGGAGCUGAGAAUGAAACAGAACCUUCAGCAAUGGCAACAGUUCAACUCCGACCUUAACAGCAUUUGCGCUUGGCUCGGAGAAACUGAAGAGGAGCUGGAGAAACUCCGAUGUCUUGAUCUCAGCACUGACAUACAAACUAUCGAGCUCAGGAUUAAGAAACUGAAAGAGCUGCAGAAAGCAAUUGAUAACCGCAAAGCGAUCAUCUUAUCCAUCAAUCUGUGCAGCUCAGAAUUCACUCAGUCUGAGAGCAAAGAGAGCAAGACUCUUCAAGAGCGCCUGUCUCAGAUGAACAAGCGCUGGGAACGUGUAUGCCGUAUGAUUGAAGAGUGGCGCUGCUCGUUGCAGGAUGCCUUAAUGCAGUGCCAGGAUUUCCAUGAAAUGAGCCAUGGGUUGCUGCUUUGGCUAGAGAAUAUUGACAGAAGGAAGAAUGAGAUUGUGCCUAUCAAUCCAAGCCUGGACUCAGAAACUCUGCAAGAUCAUAACCGACUUCUAAUGCAAAUCAGACGUGAACUACAGGAGUCUCAGUUGAAGGUGACAUCACUGCAAGAUAUGUCCUGCCAAUUGCUAGUCCAUGCUGAAGGCAAGGACUGCCUUGAAGCCAAAGAAAAGGUUCAUGUCAUUGGAAAUAGACUGAAGCUUCUUUUGAAAGAGGUCACACGUCACAUAAAAGAUCUAGAGAAAAUACUCGACAUUUCAGGUAGUCAACUGGAUUUGUCUUCAUGGUCCUCUGCUGAUGAAUUGGACACCUCAGGCUCAGUGAGUCCUGCAUCUGGAAGAAGCACUCCAAGCAGACAGAAAACGCCACGGGGCAAAUGUAGUCUCUCACAGCCUGGACCCUCUGUCAGCAGUCCACAUAGCAGGUUCACAAGAGGUGGCUCAGGUUCCUGCCCUUCUGAGGCUGAGCCAGAGUAUCAGCACCCGCCGUUCUUCCUUCGGGUCCUCCGCGCUGCUCUGCCCUUCCAGCUGCUCCUGCUGCUCCUGCUGGGCCUGGCCUGCCUGGUGCCCAUGACCCGGGAGGACUACAGCUGCGCGAUGGCCAACAACUUUGCCCGCUCUUUCCACCCCAUGCUCAAAUAUACUAACGGCCCCCCUCCCUUAUGA